AUGCAAGAUACCUUAUGGUGCUGUCAAGAAAGAAUUGUGCCCAAGAAGGUAUGGCGAACCAUCAAUUACGAGACUUGCACGCUGGAUGAUCUCUCUCGAUUCAUAUCAAAGCGAGGACAGAACUUACUUGUGGAGCUCUUGAAUUUUCUGGUUCAAGUAAUGCGAUACAAGGACGACAAUCAAAUGGAUGCCUAUCAUUUAGGCGAAGCCAUGGGCAAAGUGACUCUAGGACCUCCCGACUGCGAUCCAAUCAUUGCAGAGAAAGCAGGCCAUUUCUUGACACGUAUGAUCAUUGAGCAUUCCAAAACGAUCCAUGGAGAAAAAAAGCGACUCUUAUUCAGGGUCGAUUCAGGAUUCGCUUGGCCAUCCACAGCCAUGACUGCAAAGAUACUUCCCAUGUCGAAAUCUGAAGCUGCUCGAGCCAAGACCAAGUCUUACAACCGUCUCAUCACCAAGAUUCACAAGCGAAACUAUGAUUGGGUAUCCAAUGCCAAUAUUGCUCUUUAUGCCAUGCUGGAGAACGACUAUGAACCAGAGCCUACCAACUCAUUUGCAGAACCCUAUUUGUCGAUUUUCUCCAAGCAUUUGGAUCCCUCACAAGCCAUUCAGUCUCCUGUCUUGUUUCGUUUGGUAACAGAAGCUAGCAAAGCCAUUGAGCCAAUUCCUGAGGAUCCAUUUGCUAAUUCUUACUUGUUUGGAGGAGGAGGAAAGUCGAUUCAUCGCAAGUUGCAUCCCAUCGAAACUCAAAUCAGCGCUGCCUUUGACGAUUUCAUGCCAUUGCUUCGCAACAACAUUGCCUCCAAUUACUACGACGGUAAUGCAACUCAGAUCAAUCGCAAUGAAAAGGGACAUCACGGGGCUGCCAACAACAAAUCACACAUGAAGAUCAUCAACUCGUCCUUAUCUCAUAUGAAGCUCAAUCUCAGAAAGCCUAAAUCUCAAGGUAUGCACCACAACCAACAUGACCAUAUUCCAGAAGAGCCUCAGCCACAGCAACAUUACCAUCAUGAGCCCGUACAUCCAAUGUCUCCUUUGCCAGCAUCUGACACCACUACCAAUAGUACAAUCAUGGGCAAUAGCAGUGACACUUGCGCUCACAGCAACAAGACGCUCUACUCUGCAGAGGAAUACAAUGCAUCCCAAAAUAGCAGCAGCAGCAACAACCACCAUAACAAGGGAAAGCAAAAUCAAGUCAAGAGUAUGAUGAAGCGAGUGAUUAAAAUGGGACCCAUUGUGCCAAUCAAGAAGACAUCACAAACAUCCAUUUAUUAA